GGGUAAAUGUCAAUUCCUUAAAAUUGUCAAGUAUAAGAUUUAAUACACAAAAUUAAUUUUAUUGCAUUGAAUUAAACUAAUGCCUCAUAUUAACGUAUAAAAUAGUCUGUAUACAAUUAUAUCGUGUAGUGAUUUAAAAUGUGUUUUUAUGUUAAAAUAACGUGCUAAGAAUAAAAUAGAAGAAAUGAAUUCUAAAACGCCGAUUUAUCACGAAAAACAGGUUAAAGAGCUAUGCGCCUUGCAUGCGCUUAAUAAUUUGUUUCAGAUGAGAAACACAUUUUCCAAGUCAGAAUUAGAUUCAAUAUGCAGCAGACUAUCACCAAAUGUUUGGAUCAACCCGCACAGAUCAAUGUUGGGUCUGGGAAAUUACGAUAUAAAUGUUAUAAUGGCUGCAUUACAAAAGAAAGGUUGUGAAGCUGUUUGGUUUGACAAAAGAAAAGAUCCCGGAUGCCUGGAUUUGUCGAAUAUUUGUGGGUUCAUAUUGAAUGUGCCAUCGGACUACAAGCUGGGGUUUGUGAUGCUGCCUCUCCGUCGACGUCACUGGAUCACAAUCAGACAGAUCCAGGGCAACUUCUAUAAUCUUGAUUCUAAACUUGAUACACCAACACUUAUUGGAAGGAGCACAGAUCUGAUUGCAUAUUUAAAAGAACAAUUGGAAUGCAAAGAGAAGGAACUAUUUGUAGUAGUAAGUAAAGAAGUGGAAGAGAAACAGCUCUGGAUGCAUCAGUAUGUGUUGCCGGAACGCAUCUUAGACUUCUCUCACAGCAAUAGCAUUCACGAGAACCAUUGUGAUGUGACACCUGACAGUAUCACCUCAAAUGACAGCAAAAGUCAUGAAGUGGAAUGUGUCAAACUUGCCGAAGUGACAAACUGUGUUGCCAUAAAAGAAAAUAAUGUUUAAGUGGUAUUAUUUUUUAAAUACAACAAAUGUUUAGUGCUUAUAAAUCAUAUUUUAGUUGCACUGUUUGAUAAUUUAAUUCACUGGUUUUACAAUCAAAUGCAUUUCGAUGAAAGGUGAAGUAUUUAUGUUUUAUUGUUUGUUCUUAAUGUGCAUGUUUUAAAUUUGAUAUAAUUGGGACACUUUUUAAAAUUAAAAUUGUACCGUUUGCUAAUUUGUGGCUGUUUUCUUACAUGAAUAUAUAUACGACUAAGUGUGACUAAAUAGGCGUGCAUGUAAUUUUAGCUUUUUAUGUAUAGAUUUGAGGUUGGCUUUUGCCGUUGAGGAGUUUAUUAUUGUUUGUAAAGUAUGUUUAUGUUAUUUAAAAAAUAACUUGUGAUAGAAAUGCCA